AUGCGCAAGCAUCUAGGUAGAACGCUUCAGACAGCCCCGCAAGAAGUGGGCAGAGAAGCUUGCCGAGCACGAAACGGGAAUGAAAACGUUCAAUCUGGCGAUGAAUCCUGCCCGGACCUGACAGUAGAGACACAGCAAACAGAGAGGAAUGACAGUGUCGAGUCAAAGAACGCACCGGAGGCGAAGCCCUCCAGCGAAGUGGCAAGCAGACCGGGAGUCGAAGAACAAAGUCAUCUGCAUACGGUCCUCUCGGCAGGUGGUGCAACCGUAGAUAUCCAUCCACCAUCAGUCUCUAUCGACCACGUGGAGACACACGAACGCUCCGCCAACCAACACAUAGAUACCGAGCCACAGGGACCUGAAAACGUUCUGGAGACAGCAGAGACCAACAGCACUACAGUGCCAGCUGACGACCUCGCGCAGGCCGUUGGUGGAGAGUCAUCAGCAAACGAUAUCCCUGAGACAAGCGCAAAUGUCCUAUCAUUGGAGAACAGCCACAUGGAGGUUGACGUCUUUGAAUCGGCGGAGGAGCUUUCGUCGCUGUCACCAAAGUCUGCAGAGCGGGAGCCGAUUUCGCCAUCGGGUGACGAGAACUCGGAUGCAGUUGAUGGGAGCCUGGAGAGCCCGCGUACAGGAAGUGAAGGCGUGGGAAAUUCCGUCGGUGAAGACUCGUCACCCUCUCCGUCGGAGUCAUCGCUUGCAGCAGAAAGCGGAGAAACCUUACCACCUGCUGCAUCCGCAGAACUCUCGCAGAUUGGAAAGAACCAUGAGGGCACUGUCAACAUCGACGAAGAGUAUGAUCCACCCGUACUACCUGAGCAUCCAUCAGAUAGCGGCGACGACAAAAGGCCCGAGGCCACAGCGGGGGCAGGGGACUCCGACAAAGUGGAUGUGGAUAGCGGAGCAGAAGAAAUGGCGCCGCCGGGAGUGGCAAACAAAGGACAGGACAACGAUAUGGAAGAAACUCUAAUUAGUUCGACGUCACACGAAAAUACCACAGACAACGGAACGCAUGAGAAACCCACGGCAAGCAUAGAAGCCCAUGAAGAGAGUCAGACAACUACAAGGGUUCAAGCUUCCGCGCAGCACUUUUUCUGGGGCGGGGACGACGAGCUGUCACAAGAGCUGUACCUCUCCCCCAUUGCCACGGUGGAAGUGUCGGGCAUCAUGUUCGCAGGAGGAUCUGCUUUCGUAUCGAACGAACAGGGGGUCAUGGAUUCUCCGGCGAUGGCCUCUUUCUCCACAUUCGAAAGCUUGUCUCCGUCGCACUCCCCCUUCCAUGGCGCGGGUAUGAUGUCUCCAACAGUGAUGAUGGACGACAGUGGAAGUCAUCUGCCGCCUUCGAUUCAACCCUCGGUUCCGUUCCUACCUUCUCCCCAACAACUAAUGCCCUCGGGCGGUAUGGGCUCCCCGGCCAUGUUUGCCCUGUCCUCCAACACCAACUUUGGAACUGUGUACAGUCCUACUUUUUCCGCAGGGGCAAACAGCCCAGCUCAUAUGCCCCGGCCAGCGGAAUUCACGCCGUCCACGUAUAUGUUGGACAGUGCCCUGGCGAGCAACGUUCCCCUUUCGCCAGGGUUUCAAGCCGCACCACCGCGGGGAAGCUUCCUGGGCAUGAGGAUGCCGCUGACGGGUCUAAGUCCUCGUACGGUUUUCCAAGACGGUACACAUGACUCAAUUAGCAGCGGGAGCGGGCAGUCAAUCGUGUCCCUGCCUCCUGUGGCUCAAGAAUUAUCAGGCAUCGGGAUCGAGGGGUCCGCAGAAAUGAGCUCAGAAGUUCACAGCGGUUUCUUUCCAUCAGUGGAUCCAACCACACGAAGCGGCUAUAGAAUGAGUGCCUUAGGAUCAAGCCGUCCUCUCUCCUCUGUAGACAUCCUCCUGCCGCACAAACCGCUGUCUUCAUCUUUCUCGACUGUCUCGAUCGGGUCUCAAACCGAGACAUAUAAUUCCGAUUCUGGAAUCAACCCCGGUACUACACCUGAUAUAAACAGCCCCUUCCGGGCAACAGAAGCGUGGAAUGCCUGGAGUCCCUCUCGUGUCAGAGAUCCCUUCAACGACUAA